AUGGCAAAGGGCGACAUCUCCCUUGCCAACACCCUCGCCGAAGCGACCGCAGCGGAGGCUACCAGGAAGUCGGCGGCUCGGAUGAGGCAGACGAGCGCAGCGGACCAGCCGACGACUACCGAGGCGACCCCGACCCCGGAGAAGCACCCCGAACCAGGCCGCCGAGCGACCACCACCACCCAUCAUGGCGACCUCGACUCCCUCUCCGACACCAAGGACGAGGAGGAGGACAUCCACCGACUCCAGGCGGAACGAGAUCGGCGCGAGCGGCGAGGUCGUAAGUCAGGGUUCCAGUGCGCCGGGUGUGGGGGUGACCAUCCAUGGUCAGAAUGCCGGUUCCUCGAUGCAAUCUGCCGCCAUUGCAACAAGCGGGGCCACAUCACCAAGGUGUGCCGAUUCAAGCGGAACCAUGCCCCCCGACUACGAGACGGCAGCCCCCGGGGACGAGAUGGCACCCCCCACAGAACCAGAGACCGGUACACCGAGAGCCGAUGGAGCCGGGACGGAAGAAACAGACGUCUCAACGAGGCCAGACAACGAGAAGAAACCCACCAAACGGUCGUCAUCGGCCACUCUUCAAACGGGGAUGCCCGGAAGAUUGCAUUUAAAGGGCGCACCGAGAUACUUCCCCUGACAAUUGUGGACAAAGACCGCCCUAGCCUCUUGGGACUGCAAUGGUUCGUGCCAUUGGGAAUAGAAGUGACGGGCAUCAACCACGUCACCGAGGCGGACUGGGAGGAGCAACUCGCAAAGGACUUCCAGGAGGUCUUCGACGGCAGCCUAGGCAAGUACCGAGGGGCCCCAAUAUCCUUCAGCCUAGACCCUAACAUUGCCCCAAUCCACCUGAAACCCCGGCGAGUGCCCUUCGCACUCAGACCCAAGAUCGAUGAGCAGUUAGACAAGCUCAUCGAGCAAGGGGUACUUGAGCCAACAGACCAUGCCAGGUGGGAAACCCCUAUAGUCACCCCGGUCAAACCAGAUGGGUCGGUGAGAAUCUGCGGUGACUACAAGGCCACCCUCAACCGCGCCCUGCAACAAAGUGCCUACCCCGUCCCAGUGGUACAGCACCUCCUGCACUCACUGGGGGGAGGCAAGGUUUUCGCGAAACUCGACCUGGCACAGGCUUAUCAGCAAUUGCCGGUCGACGUAGAAACCGCAGAGGCACAAACCAUAGUCACCCACCGGGGGGCUUUUCGCUGCAAGAGACUCCAGUUUGGAGUCAGCGUAGCACCGGGGUUCUUCCAAAGCCUCAUGGAGAGGCUACUCCAAGGGAUUAAGGGGGUCGUGCCCUACUUUGAUGACGUGCUGGUGUCAGCGACCAACCAGAAACAAUUAGAAAGCCGUCUAAGGGAGAGUUACCGGCUAACUCACCGACCCGGUAAGACAAUAUCACAUGCAGACGCCUUGAGCCGCACGCCCUUGCCCGACCUGGACACCGACCCAGCACCCACCGCGUCCACUCUGAGUAUAGAGACCUUACCCAAUCUCCCCGUGACCGCAUCAGACAUUGCCCGCGAAACCAAUAAAGACAAACAUCUGGCGCAGGUCUUAAAUUGGGUGGAGAAGGGGUGGCCGGAAAAAGACGAUGACGAACAAUUCAGGACCUUUCGAAACCGACAAACAAAACUUUUCACUCAAAAGGGUUGUUUACUGUGGGGGGACAGGGUUGUUGUCCCGGAAAAAUUACAGAAAAGGGUCUUGGAAUUGUUGCAUGAGGGGCACCCGGGCAUCGUUAAGACUAAAGCCCUGGCCAGGAGUUACGCCUGGUGGCCAGGGAUGGACAAGCAAAUCGAAGCCUGGGUGGCAACAUGCAGGCAAUGCCAAGAAUCCAGGCCGAGCCCUCCCGCCGCCCCAAUCCUGGAAUGGGAAACCCCCAGAGGGCCAUGGUCCAGGAUUCAUAUAGACUUUGCCGGACCCACAAAGGGACACACCUUCCUCAUAACGGUAGACGCUUACUCCAACUGGUUGGAGGUAAGCAACAUGAGAACUACCACCACAGAGGCCGUUAUCAAAGAACUCAACAGACUAUUCUCAACCCACGGCCUCCCAGAUGUAAUUGUAUCAGAUAACGGGCCCCAGUUUACUGCUCUGGAAUUCGAAAAAUUCCUAGCGGAACGGGGAAUACGGCAUGCACUGACAGCGCCAGCACAUCCGGCGGCGAAUGGGAGGGCGGAACGAAUGGUCCAGACAACCAACAAAAGCCCGGCAGAACUAUUAAUGGGGAGGAAAUUAAGGUCCCCACUAGACAGGCUGCACCUCACGUACGACCCAGAAAACCCCCCCGAUUCAUCUAGCAAGCACCGAACAUUCGCACCGGGCGACACAUUGGGAUAA